AUGACUUUGUAUAUAGACCAGGAUCUUAAAAGUGAAGAAUCUCUAUGUUGUCUAAGUUGUGGUGCUGAAUACAGCAAUUCCCUGAUGCUGCGUUACCAUGAAUGUGUUGAAGUAAAAAUUGAAGGUGAUGAGGCCGAUGCAUUUUCAUUUCCAUGUCUGAAAUGUCCAAAAGUUUACAAGAGCAGAACUUGUUGGUAUCGUCAUAUGAAAUAUGAAUGUGGAGUCGAACCAAGAUUUUGCUAUAACCUGUUCUAUCCAUUCCAAACAAUGAGGAUCACCCAGAAAACUCAUGAGUGUGAUGUUUGUGGAAGAAUGUAUAAACAUAAUAAGAAUCUAGUUAGACAUCGAGACUAUGAAUGUGGACUUGAACCAAGAUUCAAAUGUACUUUAUGUGAUUUUACAAGUUAUCGAAAGUAUAGUUUACAACGUCAUUUGACCAGACAUGGAAAACAUAGAUCCAAACUUGAUUGGAACUACCAAGAAUUCAUGGACAACCAUUCUGCAUUGGGUCUUAAAUCUGAUAUCAUUUUUUCUGCCGAUAGUAGAAAUUCAUUAGAUCAGCAAGGAGUUUACCGAUGUCAUAGAUGUUCUAGGACUUAUAAAUAUCAACAAACUUUAGUCAGACAUUUGAAAUACGAAUGUGGAAAAGCUCCUCAGUUUUCGUAUACUACCACGAAUUGGUACUCUUCACCAUCCACUACACUUUGUACUAAAUGCAACCAAUUCUUUUUGAAUUCAUAUGAAAAGAAUCAUCAUAUUUGCAAGGUAACACAAUUAUCAGAAAAAUUGGAAGAUAUAGUUUUUUCUUGUCCAAAAUGCGGAAAAACUUACAAAUCUCGCAGUUGUGUCUAUCGUCAUAUGAAAUAUGAAUGUGGAAAAUUGCCCGCUUUCAAAUGCGACCUCGGAUUUUCUAUAGAUUAUAAUUAUGGAUUUGAUGUAACAAAUCAGCAAGAUGGUCACCCUUAUAGAUGUCACUUAUGUGGAAAAUGUUACAUGCACAAAGGAAAUAUGCGACGUCACAUGCGAUUCGAAUGUGGAAAACCGCCUCAUUUGAAAUGCGAUCACUGCAGAAAUAUGGAAUACAUGUUACCAAACUUCAGAAAUGAAUAUUAUCCGAACCGGCAAGAAGAAUGUCCCUUCAAGUGCGGAAUUUGCGGAAAAUUUUAUAAAUACAAAAGCAAUAUGCAACGUCAUAUGAGAUUUGAAUGUGGAAAACAACCUCAAUUAAAAUGUGAUCGUUGCCCUUACCGAACUUAUUACAAACAUCAUCUGAAUAGCCAUUCGAUCAAUUUCUACUCGGAUUACCUCUAUCUCCGCAAUCUGCAAAUAGGAGGACCCAAGUUGACCCUUUACAGACCUCCAACGCAUUGUUAUAUCAAUGUCCCCAGUGUUUUAGAAAUUAUAAGCAUUAUCCGAGUUGGUAUCGACAUCGAAAAUACGAAUGCGGAAAAGAAAAAUUGUUUAAGUGUUCUCAAUGUCCUGUACUUUGCAGUGCAUUUUUGCUUAGAUAUUUUGAUGCUUCUUUGUGGCUCUAUGGUAAGAGCUUUGGCCUUGCAACCACAUGGUUUUCGGUUUGAUUGA